UCCCACGGGAACCGGUUCCACUUCACACCACAAAAAACCUUCCUCAGAGGAGAAGAAUCAGAUCUCUGUCAGACUUUAGACAUGUUUCUGUCACAGUCUGAGGAUGAAUUAGAGGAGCUCGGUUCGGAUUCAGACUCUGGGAGCAGCACUUGCAGCCCGGAGGAGGAAGAGGAGGAGGAAGGCUUCACUCCUGGAGGGGUGAGCAGAGGAUCAGAACAGGAUGACUUCACUGAUGAGGAAAGUUCAGAUGCAGAGUGGAAUAACACGCCCACAAAGAGAAGAGCUUCUGGAAAGCGUUGCCGCUCCAUCUCUGUUUCUCCAGCAGCGUCGCACCUCAAGUCCCCAUCCAAAAACUGUGAGCAUCGACCCUGCAAAAAGAAGUUCCAUGAUGCAACUAAAGGCGCCUCCUCCCCUCGUACUCGUGGGACAUUCUCCUCUCCACGCCGAAAGAGUGACAGCGGGAAGAAACAAACAGCAAGACGGCUUGUGGUUGAGGAAGAAGAUGGAGCGGAUGAUGAUGGAGGCCGGUGGCGGAACGUCAGUGAGGAAGAUGUCGAGCCUCCUCAACCCCGGUUCAGACCUGAGAGGGACGUAGGGCCGCAGCUGAACAGAACUGCAAAUUACACGCCGCUUGAACUCUUCCAGCUGUUCUUCUCCACGACUGUAAUCAGCACAUUAGUGAGAAACACCAAUGCCUAUGGCAAGAAGAAAUAUCAAGGCCACAGGGAAAACUGGGUCCAGGUCACAGCAGCAGACAUGUACUCCUUCAUCAGCCUUGUCCUCUACAUGGGUAUCGUCCCGCUAAAAACUCUGAAAGAGUUCUGGAGAGGGUCUCAGCUGUUCAGCCUGCCGUUCCCUGCCUCCGUCAUGCCCUGCAGACGCUUCCUAGCCAUUUCCCGCAGCCUACACAUGAAUGAUCCUGCCGUCGAAGCAGCAAAUGACAAAAAGAAAGGGACACCAGCUUAUGACAGACUAUGCAAAAUAAAGCCCCUCUAUCAGCAGAUCUUGGAGGCCUGCUACACUUUCUUUCACCCUCACCAGCACAUCUCCAUAGAUGAACGUAUGGUGGCGAGUAAAGCCAGGAUUGGGCUCAAGCAGUAUAUUAGAAACAAGCCUACUAAAUGGGGCUUUAAGCUUUUUGUUUUAGCCGACUCGGCGUGUGGCUACACCCUUAACUUUUUCGUGUACGGAGGGAAAGAGGGUGAACCCACAGGGAAGGGGCUAAGCUAUGAUGCUGUCAUGAGACUGCUGAAAAUACCCUUUCUAGGCAAAGGAUAUAAGCUCUAUGUGGACAACUAUUACACCAGUCCAACACUAUUCCUUGACCUCCUUCAGAGGAAAAUCUGGGCGUGUGGCACUGUGCGUUCCAAUGUCGCUGGUUACCCCAAAAUGAAAAAGAAUGACAUGGACAAGAAAACAAAAAAGGGAACUAUCCGGUGGAUCAGAAACGGGAAGCUGUUGUUUGUCAAGUGGUUGGACGCCCGCGAGGUAACAAUGUGCUCCACUAUGCACAAAGCCUACAGCGACGACACGGCAAAACGCAGAGUGAAAAACACAGACGGACAGUGGACAGUGAAGCAGGUGCCUAUUCCAGGCUCCAUCAAAGAUUACAACCGGCACAUGGGCGGUGUCGACUUGUCGGAUGCGCUCAUCGGAUAUUACAAAGUCCUCCACAAGACCCAGAAAUGGUACAAAACUCUGUUUUAUCAUUUUGUGGACAUAGCCACUGUGAACUCUUUCAUCCUCCAUAAAGAAAUGUGCAAACUACAGAACCGGCCUAUAAUUACACAGAAAACCUUCAGGGAACAACUGAUUUUGUCGCUGGCUGAGAUUGGGUCCAGUCCGCGCCGGUCGGCUCCUCAAAACUUUAUGUUGCCUGCUUCUCCACUCAAAGUCCCACCGACCUCCCAAACAACCCCGUCCUCAGUGGCCUCUGCCCCCGAUGUGCCGUCAGCCUACACAUCUGCAGGAACCCCUAGAUCUCGAUCUAAAGCGCCACCUCCUUCUCUGUCCGUCGAUGUGCCCCCCACAGCAGCUUCUGGUGCUUCAGGUUUAGGGCACCUACCAUCUUACUUUGUGGAACAAAUGAGCAACGUGGCCCCCAGAAAUCGGGCCACCGCCGGCAGACGGGCAUGUGUGGUCUGCAAGAGAAAGUCCCCGGUCUAUUGCAGCACCUGCCAAAAAACACUUUGUUUUACUACUUCGAGGAACUGCUACAGUGAGUGGCACAGAUGCAACAACAUCUGUAUGUGAGAGCUAGACAGUGUAAAGGUGAUGGCGGCAGCAAACGUAUUUAUAAAGCAUCUUCAAUCAAUCAGUUGGUAUUACAUAAACAUGUGCCUUCGGCCACCACUAGUGCACAAGUGUUUGGUUUCCUUGCCAACUUCUCCUGUAUGCCCAUGAUGUACCAUGAUUAUGCUCGUUCAACUAUACCCCCGAGACGUCUGAAAUGUCCAGGGACAAAAGAUAAAGAAGAUAUUGAUGUGAUAUUGAGGCUUCUCUUCUCUAUCUCUUUAAUACCCUUUCAAAUACCUUUAAGUGUCUUAUCUCGACAAUGUUACUCCCCUUGUUGCAGGGGCCUCCUGAUCUGUGAAGGCUUUAGUUAGCUGGUCUUUAACUAACCCGGCGUUAGACGGACACGUGACCCAAGAGACAGUGAUUAAAAGUGGACGACGUAUUCUUAUGGAGAAGGUGCCAUGGAAUUGAAUUUAAAAUCGUAUCUCACAUCUACUAGGACUGAUUUCAAUGCUUUAAUAUAUGUUUAAAUCAAAUAAGGGUGACGGUCCGGUUGAGACGCACUCAACAGUGUCUGGAAGACUGCUGUGAAACCAGAAGCCUCAUUUCAUCUGCUUUUAUUUGAAAAAACUGGAGAUUGACAGUUGAUUUUAUAUUUACAUGUGCAUUAGUUUCACCAUUAUGACCUUUUCCUCCAUUUUAUAUUUCGAAUAUAAUGUUUACAUAAAACAUAAGAGUUACUGCUUAUUCAGAUGUUUGUUUCACCAUCCAGGUUUUUGGGUUGUGUGGUUGGCACAGAGAUGUGUUUUGACUAUUUGGCAUCACAGCUAAUCUUUGACAUUUCCACCUACCUCAGCAGGCGAGGAUGAAGCCAACUUGUUUUCUGGCUGCAUUUAACAUGCUCAGCUAGAUUUGGUUUCGUGGGCUCGACUUCCAGGGACCACAAUAAUAUGACUCAAGCUGAGGAUGCAGCAGCACAGAUUGCAGAAAGUAAUUAAAAAUUAGUAUAAGGUGUUUUUUUAUUUUUUUUUUAUUAACCAGUAUUUGGAUUCCUGAAAUCUAAAUGUUUACACUCACUUACUUCAUAAAACAGUAAACACACUUGAUUGAUUACAGUUCACGUGAUGGACUCUACCUCCACAGAUUUCAAUCUGUAUGAUCCUCUUCUACUGAUAUCACAGGAACUACACUGGAAACACAUUACAUUUCUUUGUGCACAUUUAAGAGAGUCUCUGUUUAUAGAAAUACAAUAAUAUAACUUGAUGUGUUGCAUAUCAUUAAACAUCUAUAGUUAUGUGUUUGCUCACGAGUGAAGAUUGUUUUAAGCAUACACAUUAUAUUCCUUUUAUUAUUAUAUUUUGAUACGUAUUGAUAUUAUGAUCACACAUCUCAGAAAGCAGUUCGAUGUUUUAGCACAUUUUCAAUGUUAUGGUAUUGGACUAACUGCAUCACCUCUCUGACUCUGGAGCUCAGAUAUGGAUUUGUGUUCUUGUGCGUGUUCUGUAAAAACAAUGCAUUUUUAAAAGGGGUCUGUACAGAUGUUUUUAUUUUGCGGUGCAUUGGAAGAGCUUCAGUUAUUUUGUUAAACUUUUUUUUAAUCUUAUACGGUGCAGAUUGUGUUGUUUUGGAUAAUUUUGUAAAAAAUAAAACUUUGUUA